CGCCCUUCAUUCGAAAUAACACGUUCAAGAGACGGGAUGCGCAGAACCAUCGAGGUACUGUACACAUGCUGCUGAGGGGCGAGAAGACGACGGGUGGGAAAUGGAGAUACGAUCAAGUGGAGCAGACCCCUCUCAUGUGCCGAACUCGUCGAAAGAAUAUGAAUCUCUUCUCCGAACGUACACAAUGGAUUCCCUUAUUGGACAAGGAAAAUAUGGCAAAGUAUAUUCUGGGUAUCGAAGAAAAGAUAGUCUGCCGGUAGCAAUUAAAUCGGUCAGAAAAGGAGAAAUUAAGAAAUGGAUCCAGCUGCCAGGUGAGAUGGAGCUUUUGCCUCUGGAAGCUGCCCUUCUCCAGAUUGCUAGCAGUCCUCCAACAUCUCCUAGAGUGAUCUGCUUUUUGGAUCGGUUUCAAACAUCCUCUGAGUAUUUGCUUGUAAUGGAGAGACCGGAGCCCUGCAAAGACCUGUAUGAAUUUCUGCUUGAUCAAACACAAGGCAAAUUUGGAGAACCUCUUGCAAAAUAUAUCUUCAGGCAAAUUGUUGAGGCAGUAAUUCACUGUCAUUCUCGGGGAAUUCUGCAUGAUGAUGUCAAGGUUAACAACAUAUUAGUGCAGACUACAACAUACCAGGUGAAACUAAUUGAUUUUGGAGUUGGUUCUAUUCUAAUGGAGCCUGAACACUGUAACUUUGGUGGUACUUUUAUUUUUUUUUCUCCCGAGCGGGUCCUGAAUAAAAAGUACAAAGCAACUCCAACAAAUGUGUGGGCACUAGGGAUCAAUCUCUACAUUUUGGUAACUGGAGAACCACCCUUUAGGAAAGCUGAUGAGAUUAUAGAAGGCAAACUAUGUUUUCCAACUGAUAUUUCUCAAGAAUGCAAGAGUUUGAUAAAUUGGUGCUUGAUGUUUAAACCAGAAGACCGCCCAAGUUUACGGGAAAUUUUGGGUCACCCAUGGCUGCAGUCAACAUGUCCUGAAAUGUUACAGGAGAAAGAGUGUGUUUCAGCAAACAUGGAGGAAGGCAGCUACACGGACACUACUAGCACACCAACGGCAAGACCCAUAAUUAGAGUACAGGCAGAGAUCGAAAAACAGUAGAGGAGCCUACCAGCAAACCAUUCGAAUGAUAAAUCACAUCUAAUGGUAAAGAAGUCCACUUUGGAGGGAUUCCGAGCUGAUGGGACAACCUUUAUGAUCGACUCCAGAGGGAUAUCCAGGCAGUGUAUGACUAAAGACUGGGGGGCCGCAGAAUCAUCAGCAACAUCAACAUGUGUGUCUUGCAGGUUACCAACACUGUCAGCAACCCGGUUAAGGCCAGGGAUUCAUAGUGUUACUCCAGUGCCUGGUAGAAGAGUCCACGAAAGAUGGCAACGACCAAGUCGAACCUGUCGCCAGUGCCAGGCCCCUCUACACAUAACAGAUUGUCAACCCCCUGCCUUGGAAGCCUGCUCAUCUGCUGCGACUCCAAGAAUUGUUACUGUCAUCGGCUACUCUGUUGUUGGUAAUAUCAACGCACUUUUAAAUGAGAAGCAUCUUUAGCUCCACUAUUGUUCUCCCUUUAAAUACUAACGGCAAGUAAUAUUAACAUGUAACUUUGCAGUUGAUUUCCACUUUUAUGGUGGUAUUUAAUUUGUAUCAAUCGAGC